UGUCAGGCGUUUAGUACUACAAGGCUUCCGUAGUUCACAUGCAGCUUUGAGCUACACGUGAAUUCUUCCUGAAAACACACGAGCUAACAGUUGACAAGUGUACAUUUAGCGACUUGGUUUGUUUUUGUUCCUGAAUGAUUUGCUAUGACAUUACUAAAGUAUCUUUUUGAAAGGAUAAUCAGCGGUCACAAGGCUUUUCUUUGGUAGAUGUUAGCAAGGACAACACUUCAGGUGUCCUUUAGGUGUCUUUGUUUGUCAUUAGCAUUUCCUAAGAAGAGCGCAUCCUUCCUUCAGAUCCUCACAACAGGACACAGUUGUGUCUUGAAAAAUUUCAGGACAAUGGACAGCAAGAAAGAACCCGAAGAAUCCCUGGGCACCACCAGUGCAGACGCAGACAGCACUACCACAGCAGUACCAAAGGAAGACACCAAUCCCUCCAGCUCUACAGAAAGCAGUCAGACCGCAUCUACAGAACCUGGGCUUUUACCAGGGGAGACAGUUGUCAGGGAGGGAAAGGCUGCCAUUUUAUUCCCAAGUGCUAAUGAGGUGUUCUACAACCCUGUGCAGGAGUUCAACCGAGAUUUAACAUGUGCGGUGAUCACAGAGUUUGCCAGGGAGCAGCUGGCUCAAAAGGGCAUCCGGAUCCUGGUCCCGGGUGAGAAAGACAGAGUCGUGGUCCGACUUUCAGAGGAGAAGAAUGGUACGGUGGAUCAGGAAGCAUCAGAACAGCUGGAAAAUGAGCAACAAAAGGAAGAAGAAGCUGAUGAGAAGGAAUACAUCACUGCAUCUGUAGGGGAAAGAUGUGAGCAAGGUCUGUGUGUGCUGGAGGGUCUGGCGGCGUCAGGCCUGCGUUCUGUACGUUUUGCUCUGGAGGUUCCUGGCCUGAAGAGCAUCACUGCUAAUGAUUACUCUGCUAAAGCUGCUGCCCUCAUCGCCCGCAAUGCACAACACAACAAUGUGUCCCACAUACUGCAAGCCAGCCAAAGAGAUGCCAGUAUGGUGAUGUAUGAGGCAAGAGGGCGGAAGGAACGCUAUGAUGUCAUUGAUCUUGACCCCUACGGCAGCCCAUCACCGUUUCUGGACGCGGCUGUGCAGGCUGUCAGUGAGGGAGGGUUGCUUUGCGUCACGUGUACGGACAUGGCUGUAAUGGCUGGAAACAGUGGGGAGACUUGCUACAGCAAAUAUGGCUCUAUGUCCAUCAAGUCCAGAUACUGUCAUGAGAUGGCCCUGCGUAUAAUCCUGCACUGUUUAGAUCAGAGAGCAGCCGUGUAUCAGCGCUACAUUGAACCUCUCUUGAGCGUGAGCGUGGAUUUCUACAUCCGUGUGUUCGUCAGAGUCAAAACUGGCCAGGCUGUAGUCAAAAACUCUGCAAGUAAGCAAGCGCUGCUGUAUAACUGUGUUGGCUGUGGUGCGUUCCAUCUGCAGAGGAUGGGGAAGAGGAUGAGCCAAGGCAAACACAUGAAGUAUUCAGCAGCCACUGGACCACCUGUAGGGCCUAACUGUGAACACUGUGGACAGAGACACCAGUUGGGCGGUCCCGUCUGGGCGGAGCCUCUUCAUGACAUUAAAUUUGUUCAGAAGAUUCUGGAUGCCGUUUCAGGGAACCCCACUCGCUUCAGAACGUCAAAGCGGAUCGAAGGGGUGCUUAGCAUGGUGACUGAGGAGCUGCAGGAUGUUCCUCUGUACUAUGCUUUAGAUCAUCUGAGCAGCACAGUUCACUGCAACACGCCGCCCAUGCUGCAGUUUAGGUCAGCUCUCUUGCAUGCUGGGUACAGAGUGUCUUUCUCUCAUGCCUGUAAGAAUGCUGUGAAGACCGAUGCUCCUGCUGGGGUGUUAUGGGAUAUCAUGCGCUGCUGGGAAAAGUCCAACCCUGUGAAGAGAGAGCGAUUAUCAGAAACCAGUCCUGCCCACCGCAUUCUCUCCACAGAGCCAACUCUUCAGGCCUGCUUUGAGAUCAGAGAGGACGCAAACCCUCAGUCACGGAAACGUCACCUCACGCGUUUCCAGGAGAACCCACAGGCCAACUGGGGACCCAAAGCACGUGCCAGAGCUGGUGGAGGAAUCUCCACUGAGCUGGAGGACAAAAGAAAACACUUUCAGGGUAAAAGAAAGAAACCAAUCACAGACUCCUCUCAACUCAAGAGCCUCCCAUGUAAGAAGUUUAGAAAGGGAACAUGUACACAUGGAGAUAAAUGCUGCUAUUCACAUGAGCUUGAGCAAGAAACGAAUGAGGACAAGAUGGACUAAUUGGUUUUCUCACUAUUGGAUGCACAUCACACAGCUGUGACAGCUAGUUAAAGACUGAUACUAUAUGACUUGUAAAUUACAUUUCUCUUAGCUGUCUGAAUGUCUGCACCACUUCUGUUCACAAAGCCUGUGCAGAUUUGCACCUAAAGUUUGUUUUAUGUUAAUUGGAUUUGUGCAAGGCAAGUUUAAUUUAUCUGGCAGCCCACAAAUAAGGGAUGUAUAAGUGGGACACAUUUUAUUCUUGGAAAUAGUUUUACUUUCAAAAUGUUUUAUUUUUGGCCUGGCAAAUAAAUACUUGGUGAAUGUA